GUGGCUUGUAGAAUGAGCAUGCUUUGAAGUUACAGUUGUAGGCUCUCAAGAAAAUAACAAAAUUCUUUGUUGACUUUGUUUUUACUAGUCCUUGAACUUUAAAAAAUAUACUGCGUUUUGUUUUCAACAAUAACAAACAUUUCCGAGAACUUGUAAAACAUAAGAUAAAAAUGCAGUGUGUGUGUGGGACCGAGUGCCAAUGUACUUUACUUGCAUUACACUCAUUAAUGCUACUUUUUACUCUAAUUAACCAAAUUACCAAGGGUCUAGUUAACAUGAAAACACUUGAGACUGGUUAGAUAGUAAGAUGGUGUAUAAAAGCCCUUGUAGGUUGGUCCAGCUACAAUAAUUACAAAGCGAAAGCGGUAAAGUAACAUAGUGCCCUAGUUAGUUAUCCUUUCUACCAAAGCCGUGCUAAACAUGACAUCUUUUCAUAUUAAACUUGUAGCCUUUGUGGCUGCAGCAAUCACCAUUGCAUCCUCAAAUGCCCAACACAGAGAUCUGCGUCCAAGUUGUAACAGUCUAGCCGAAGGCGUACAUCUAGUUGAUCCUUCCAGAUGCGACGGCUAUUAUGUCUGUACGAGGGGCAGAUCCGUUCAUUAUAGCUGUCGCUUUGGUCAAUUCUAUGAUGAACUCAGCAACUCGUGCAAAUUGUCCAAUUUGGUUAACUGUUUACAUUUUCGUGGCAUAGGCUUGCGUGUUACGGCAAGUGUAGAAAACCGUCUACAGGCCACAACAACUCCCUCUAGUACAUCCACUACAACUCCUUGCACCCAACCACUGACCACCACCACCUGUGAACCAGAGAAAACAACGACACCUCCCUGUGAACCAGAGAAAACAACGACACCUCCCUGUGAACCAGAGAAACCAACUACCACGACUCCGUGUGAACCAGAGAAACCAACUACUACUACCUGCGAACCAGAGAAACCAACUACCACUCCUUGUGAACCAGAGAAACCAACUACUACUACCUGUGAACCCGAGAAACCAACUACUCCAUGUGAACCAGUGACACCAUCUACCACCCCUCCUUGUGAACCAGAGAAACCAACUACUACUACCUGCGAACCAGAGAAACCAACUACGACUUCUCCUUGUGAACCAGAGAAACCAACUACUACUCCCUGCGAGCCAGAGAAACCAACUACUACUCCCUGUGAACCAGGGAAACCAACUACUCCAUGUGAACCAGUAAAACCAACUACCACUCCAUGUGAACCAGAGAAACCAACUACGACUACUCCCUGCGAACCCGAGAAACCAACUACUCCUUGUGAACCAGUGACACCAUCUACCACCCCUCCUUGUGAACCAGAGAAACCAACUACGACUACUCCUUGUGAACCAGAGAAACCAACUACUCCCUGUGAACCAGUGACACCAUCUACCACCCCUCCUUGUGAGCCAGAGAAACCAACUACUACUACCUGUGAACCAGAGAAACCAACUACCACCCCUCCUUGUGAACCAGUGACACCAUCUACCACUCCUCCUUGUAAACCAGUGGAACUAACCACCCCUCCUUGUGAAUCAGUGAAAUCAACUACUACCUGUGAACCAGAGAAGACAUCGACAUCUACCCGUGUACCAGAGAUAGAAACUACUCCUCCCUCAUUAACACCUCCUUCCAGACGUAUUCCCAGACCUCUUGUAACCUUCAUGAGCUUUUCUAAGGAAGACUGUCACACCAGGGCAGAUGGCACUUUCCUUCAGGACGCAAUCCACUGUCGUCAAUACUACGAGUGCCAGGGCGGAGUACGUCUGUCACGCAGAUGUCCAAUUGGCAAUUGGUUCGAUGUCGAAGCGAGAGAGUGUCGACGAAGUAGGCUUGUGCUCAACUGUCCUGCAAACCGAAAUUAAUUGGUGAUGAAUUUUUUAAAUAACUUCGGCAUUUUUUGAUAUAUAUGAUAUACUACAAAUAAUUGAAUAAAAUUUAAUAUAUUAUUAAACAUUA